GAGGUACAAUAGUACGAUGCCGGUUAAAUAUAUUAACGUUCGCUAUGACCCGGAUUCGUAACUCGGCCUCGGCUAACAAAUGACGAGGUUUAGUCUUCGAGAAGGCCAGAGCUAUGACUUCUAUUGUUUCUUCUAACGGAAUUUAAUAUUUCCACCAAUCAGAGGCUAUGAUUCCCCUAUCAACCACGCUUCCCACAUGUUCAGUUCAGUAAACUUCACGUGGCUGUUUUAUUAAGGAUUCAACUGCGAAAUAAUGCAGUCGCACUAUCGUAUACGAUCUCAUGAGCUGUGUAACUGUCCGUCAAGGUACGGGUAGGGUCGGUAUGGCUCAGGAGUACGCGUCAACCGUCGGCCUCACCCCGAAUGAUACUGAAUCUUGUUGCUACCCCCGAAAUGUUACCACGCCCAGCCACCAACGUUCCCUCGACAAGGAUCUCCGCAUCCCCAGCUUGUCACCAUCCCAGGUGUUCGGAACCACUCUUCAUAUAAGGAGUUAAAUUUGACCUCUACCCGAUUUCGGAAAGUGAUCGUCGGUAUCUAUAACUACCUAUAAGCCCUGCCUUUCCUUCAGCUACCCUCCACAUCGUCUUGUGUUACCUACUUGUUCCUCGAUAGGCAACUCAGACAUAGACAAGAUGGCGGACAAUACAGCGAAGCCGGUGUCGACGGCGGUUGACACCGAUGCCAUAACACCUGUUCAAGAGCCCACUGAACGACUUCACGCCGUUAACUCGAAAGCGGAUAAAGCCGCUCAGUUCAUCGCCGAACAUGGCGAAGUCGCUUUCACAUACGAAGAGGAGCGUAAGGUCGUACGGCGCAUCGACAUACGAAUUCUUCCUCUGAUCCUCGGCGCCUACUUCUUCCAGCAACUCGACAAGUCCUCCCUAUCAUAUGUGUCAAUCUUCGGAAUCAUGGAGGAUGCCCACCUCAAGUCUCUGGAAUACUCAUGGCUCGGAUCUAUCCUAUACCUCGCACAACUCAUUUUCCAACCUCUUGCUGCCUUCCUCCUCGUCAAACUUCCCACUGGUAAGGUCAUUGGGACGGCUGUUGUCUGUUGGGGCGCUUGUGCAGCAAUUAUGGCUUCAUGCACCACAUUCGGCUCACUUCUAGCCAUGCGAUUCCUACUCGGCUCUUUCGAAGCUAUGAUCGCCCCGUCGUGUCUGGCAGUGACACAAAUGUGGUGGCGACGGUCCGAACAGACUCUUCGGGCAUCGUACUGGAACGCGAUGAACGGCGUGACUUUCAUCGUCGGUAGUCUGGUAACAUACGGACUUGGCCACAUCGUUAGCGAUAAGAUCUACCGGUACCAGACUAUCUUCAUCUUCUGCGGUGUUCUCACCGUCAUCUUCGGCAUUUCGUUCUUGAUUUUCAUGCCCGACUCACCUAUGGAGGCCAAGUACCUCAGCGAGCAUGAACGUAUGAUUGCCGUUGAACGUCUACGUGCGAAUCAGAUGGGUGUUGCUAGCCGCCAGUGGAAGUGGGACCACGUAAAGGAGACGUUCACGGAUUUCAAGACGCUGUUGUGGUUCAUCCUCAUCGUCGCGAUUUCAAUUGCUAGUGGUGGAAUCAGCACAUUCGGAAAUCUUAUUCUGAAGGACUUCGGCUUCACUAAUUUCAAUGCGAUUCUAUUCAGCAUGCCGACGGGAGCAAUCCAGGUUGUCAUCAUUAUUGGAUCUGCAUGGCUAGCUACUCGAUUGUCCCGCAAGGGCAUUGUCAUUACGGGACUCAGCUGUCUGCCUACCAUUGGUACCGUCCUUAUGUUGACGGUGCCUCGCAAUGAGAAGAACAAAGGGGUUCUUCUGCUAGGCUACUAUUUGGUUCAAUGCUUAGGCGCGAUUACUCCGAUGGUCUAUGCCUGGUCCGCGCAGAACACAGGCGGCGACACAAAGAAGAAAACGAGCUCGGCGAUGAUGUUCAUGGGGAUGUGUACAGGAAACAUUAUUGGUCCUCUUCUGUAUAAUACAAAGGACGCGCCAUUGUACCGUCCUGGUCUUAUUGCCAAUCUAGUCAUGUUUGUCACUGUUGGCGCGCUUGGUUUACUUAUCCCGAUGUAUCUCAUGGUAUUGAACAAGUGGCAUGCGAAGAAGCGAGAAGAGCUUGGAAAACAAGCUAAUAUUGUUGACGAAUCCAUGGUGAGAAGGAAGGAUAUGCAGGAGAGCAAGGCCGUCGAACUUGAGCAAAACGAGCAGACCACAAGCAACAUCGAGGACGAUAAUGGUCUAAAUGAUCUCCCGGAUUUGCAAAAUGAAGACUUCAUUUACGUGUAUUAGAUACAAUAAGGGG